GAAAGAGAAAGCUUCCGAGAGAGAAGGCUCUCCUUCCCGCGUCUGAGUCUGGGGUAGCCGGAUCUGGAUAGCAAGGUUCUAAGAUUACACAGCAAAUCACCAACUUCAGCACCGCGGACAGCACCACCUCCCGCCGGGGAAGAGACGCGCACCGGGUCCUCGGCCUCAGCCCUCGCGGAUGGACCGGGGCCCGUGGGUCUCUUCUCCUUUUUGCUUCCAAACGAGGAGAAGGCAGGGCAGAAAGGUUCUGGCAGCUAGAGGGGUACGGUAAGGAGGAGGAGGAGGAGAAGGACUAGGCAGAGGAGGAGGAGGCAUAGGCGGAGGAGAAGGAGGAGCCGGGGAGGGGACAGAGAAGGGAAGAGAAGGGAGGGCUUCCCUCCGCCUGCCGCCAGGGUUUGCAGCCUCUGUGGCGGCCGCGUCCUCAGCUCCACCGGCGACGCCGAGAUGCUUCCUCGCGCGGCGCGGCGCUGAGGCCGAGCGUGCGCCCGCUGCGCUGCGCCCCGCACACACACAGUCGCUCCGUGUGAGCGGGCGGGCGGCUGAACCCCUGCGAGUCACGCUGCCCAGAGGCGACGGGGGCGCUCGCCCGCAGUGGCCACGGCAGCAGCACCAGGUCCCUGUCUCCCUUUCAUUCUGCAGCCUCCGCUCUUGCGAUUCCUCCCCAGCGUCCUUUGGUGGUGAUUUUCUUCUUCUUCUUCUUUUUUUUUUUUGUAUGAGAAGGAGAGGGCGGGGUAGGUGUCAGUCUCCUCCUCUCCCCCCCUCCCCUUCUCGGUUUGAAUUUCUUCCCUCCGGCAUUUCACUGGCUCACAGAGCAGGAGCCCAGACCUGCACGGGGCGGAGAGCAGAGCUGAGACCCUCCCGCUGCUGCUUCAAGCCCGCGCGAGCUGGAGGCUGGAGCGGAGCGAGGUGGGGAGCCGCGCAGCACACCGGAGGGAUUGGGCUUUCGCUCGCGUCCGAGGACCGCGCGUGCCGCUUGGAGAACCCCACGGAGAGACGGACAGCAUCUCCGCAGCGAGCUUGUGGAGUACCGCGGGCCGGCAGGCGAAGGAUGCUGGAGGCUCCGCGAGCCGGCUGCAGGGCAGCGCUUUCGCUCUGGAUUGUCAGCAGCUUCCUCUGCAGAGCCUGGACGGCUCCCCCCACGUCCCAAAAAUGUGAUGAGCCACUUGUCUCCGGUCUCCCCCACAUCGCUUUCAGCAGCUCUUCCUCUAUGUCCAGCAGCUACGCCCCCGGCUACGCUAAAAUAAACAAGCGAGGAGGUGCUGGGGGAUGGUCCCCAUCAGACAGUGACCAUUAUCAAUGGCUUCAGGUUGACUUUGGCAAUCGGAAGCAGAUCAGUGCCAUUGGAACCCAAGGAAGAUACAGCAGCUCAGAUUGGGUGACCCAGUACCGCAUGCUGUACAGUGACACGGGGAGGAACUGGAAACCCUAUCAUCAAGAUGGGAAUAUCUGGGCAUUUCCCGGAAACGUCAACUCUGACAGCGUGGUCCGGCACGACCUGCAGCACCCUGUCAUCGCCCGCUACGUGCGCGUGGUGCCGCUGGACUGGAGCGCGGAGGGCCGCAUCGGGCUGCGGGUCGAGGUCUACGGCUGCUCCUACUGGGCCGAUGUUAUCAACUUUGAUGGCCAUGUCGUGUUGCCGUAUAGAUUCAGAAACAAGAAGAUGAAAACCCUGAAGGACGUCGUCUCCCUGAAAUUUAAAACCUCGGAGAGUGAAGGGGUGCUCCUGCACGGGGAGGGGCAGCAAGGAGACUACAUCACGCUGGAACUGCAGAAAGCCAAGCUGGUCCUCAGUUUGAACCUAGAUGAAAUUCCUGGAGUAACCUUUAAAAUCAACUGUGGUUUAUUACAGCUCUGUGACAUUACCUUUCAGAAACAAAUAACCUUUGGAGGCAUACCUUUCUCUGGAAAGCCAAGUUCCAGUAGCAGAAAGAAUUUUAAAGGCUGCAUGGAAAGUAUGAACUACAAUGGGAUCAAUAUUACUGAUCUUGCCAGGAGGAAGAAGUUAGAGCCGUCCAGUGUGGGGAACUUGAGUUUCUCUUGCGUGGAGGCCUACACAGUACCUGUCUUUUUCAACGCAACCAGUUACCUGGAGGUACCCGGGCGGCCGGAGCAGGACCUGUUUUCAGUCAGUUUCCAGUUUAGGACUUGGAACCCCAAUGGUCUUCUGCUUUUCAGUCGCUUUGGGGACAACUUGGGCAACGUGGAGAUUGACCUCACAGACAGCAAAGUGGGCGUUCGCAUCAACGUCACACAGGCCAAGAUGAGCCAGAUUGAUAUUUCCUCAGGUUCUGGGUUGAAUGAUGGACAGUGGCAUGAGGUUCGUUUCUUAGCCAAGGAGAAUUUUGCUAUCCUCACCAUCGAUGGAGAUGAAGCAUCCGCAGUUCGAACGAACAGUCCCCUUCAAGUGAAAACUGGCGAGAAGUACUUCUUUGGAGGUUUUCUGAACCAGAAGAGCAACUCAAGUCACUCUGUUCUCCAGCCUUCAUUCCAAGGAUGCAUGCAGCUCAUCCAAGUGGAUGAUCAGCUUGUCAAUUUAUAUGAAGUGGCACAGAGAAAGCCAGGAAGUUUUGCCAAUGUCAGCAUUGACAUGUGUGCCAUCAUAGACAGAUGUGUGCCGAAUCACUGUGAGCAUGGUGGGAAAUGCUCGCAAACGUGGGACAGCUUCAAAUGCACUUGUGAUGAGACCGGUUACAGCGGGGCCACCUGCCACAACUCCAUCUACGAGCCCUCCUGUGAAGCAUACAAACACCUGGGCCAGACAUCUAAUUACUACUGGAUAGAUCCUGAUGGCAGUGGACCGCUGGGGCCUCUGAAAGUUUACUGCAACAUGACAGAGGACAAAGUGUGGACCAUCGUGUCACACGACUUGCAGAUGCCAACGACUGUGGUCGGUUACACCCCAGAAAAAUACUCGGUGACCCAGCUCGUCUACAGUGCCUCGAUGGACCAGAUCAGUGCCAUCACCAGCAGUGCUGAGUACUGUGAGCAGUACGUCUCCUAUUUCUGCAAGAUGUCCAGGCUGCUGAACACCCCAGAUGGAAGUCCCUACACUUGGUGGGUUGGCAAAGCCAAUGAGAAGCACUACUACUGGGGUGGCUCGGAGCCCGGAAUUCAGAAGUGUGCCUGUGGCAUCGAGCGCAACUGCACAGACCCCAAAUACUACUGCAACUGCGACGCAGACUACAAGCAGUGGAGGAAAGAUGCUGGCUUCUUAUCCUACAAAGAUCAUCUGCCAGUGAGCCAGGUGGUGGUUGGAGAUACUGACCGGCAAGGUUCAGAAGCCAAACUGAGCGUGGGUCCCCUGCGCUGCCAAGGAGACAGGAAUUACUGGAAUGCCGCCUCUUUCCCGAACCCAUCAUCCUACCUGCACUUCUCCACGUUCCAAGGGGAAACCAGCGCGGACAUUUCUUUCUAUUUCAAGACAUUAAUCCCCCGGGGAGUGUUUCUUGAAAACCUGGGGAACACAGAUUUCAUCAAGUUGGAGCUGAAAUCUGCCUCAGAAGUGUCCUUUUCGUUUGAUGUUGGAAAUGGGCCCGUGGAGAUCGUAGUGAGGUCGCCCUCGCCUCUCAACGACGAUCAGUGGCACCGGGUUACAGCGGAGCGGAAUGUCAAGCAAGCCAGUCUCCAGGUGGACCGGCUGCCCCAGCAGAUCCGCAAGGCCCCAACGGAAGGUCACACACGCCUAGAACUCUACAGCCAGCUGUUUGUUGGUGGCGCUGGAGGCCAGCAGGGCUUCCUAGGCUGCAUCCGCUCCUUGAGAAUGAAUGGGGUGACCCUUGACCUAGAGGAAAGGGCAAAGGUCACAUCCGGCUUCAAAUCCGGAUGCUCAGGCCACUGCACCAGCUACGGAACCAACUGUGAAAACGGAGGCAAAUGCAUAGAAAAAUACCACGGUUACUCCUGCGACUGCUCUAACACAGCAUAUGACGGGACGUUUUGCAACAAAGAUGUGGGAGCAUUUUUCGAAGAGGGGAUGUGGCUGCGUUAUAACUUCCAGGCACCCACAGCCAAUGCCAAAGACGCAGGCAACAGAGCAGAGAACUCUCUGGAACAGCAGCACUCCACCCCGGACCUGGCCCAGGAGCAAAUCCACUUCAGUUUCAGCACCACCAAGGCUCCCUGCAUCCUUCUUUACAUCAGUUCUCUCACCACAGACUUCCUGGCUGUGCUCGUCAAACCCUCCGGAAACUUACAGAUUCGGUACAACCUGGGAGGCACCAAAGAGCCAUACAAUAUCGAUGUAGACCAUAGGAACAUGGCCAACGGGCAGCCCCACAGCGUCAACAUCACCCGUCAUGAGAAGGUCAUCAUUCUCAAGCUAGAUCACUAUCCCUCCGUGAGUUACCACCUGCCAAGUUCAUCCGACACGCUCUUCAAUUCUCCCAAGUCGCUCUUUCUCGGAAAAGUUAUAGAAACAGGGAAAAUUGACCAGGAGAUUCACAAAUACAACACACCGGGAUUCACAGGCUGCCUCUCCAGGGUCCAGUUCAACCACAUCGCCCCACUCAAGGCCGCCCUGAGGCAGACGAACGCCUCUGCCCACGUGCACAUCCAGGGCCAGCUGGUGGAGUCCAACUGCGGGGCCUCCCCCCUGACGCUGUCCCCCAUGUCGUCUGCCACCGACCCCUGGCAUCUAGAUCACCUGGAUUCAGCCAGUGCCGAUUUUCCGUAUAACCCAGGACAAGGCCAAGCUAUAAGAAAUGGAGUCAACAGAAAUUCGGCCAUCAUCGGAGGGGUCAUCGCUGUGGUGAUCUUCACCAUCCUGUGCACCUUGGUCUUCCUCAUCCGGUACAUGUUCCGUCACAAGGGCACCUACCACACCAACGAGGCCAAGGGCGCCGAGUCAGCCGAGAGCGCAGAUGCCGCCAUCAUGAACAACGACCCCAACUUCACAGAGACCAUUGACGAAAGCAAAAAGGAAUGGCUCAUUUGAGGGGUGGCUGCUUGUCUGUGGGAUAGGGAGGGGGGCCCCAGGGAGGAGGGGAAAGGGACAAGAGCACCCUGCUUUAUACUCCUGAGCACAUCCUUAAAAUAUCAGCACAAGCUGGGGAAGGCAAGCACCAGAAUAUCCCUGAGACUGAUCACCACACAAAAAAAGACCUUUUUAAUAUUUCUUUAUAGCUGAGUUCCCCUCCUUCCGUAUCAAAACAAAAUAAUACAAAACAUGCUUUUAGAGUCCAAGCAAUGGUUGAAAUUUGUAGGUAAUAUCUGUCUUCUUUUGUGCGUGUUUAGAGGUGUUUGGAAAACCCGUGGUAACAGGGCAAGUUUUCUACAUUUUUAAGAGCCCUUAGAAUGUGGAUAUUUUUUCUUGAGAAAAACUGAAGCGCAUCCAUCCGGCCGCCAACGUUCUCAUCCUUUUGCAUAGGGUCAACUUUCGACAGGCUGUGGUAGUAAUUAGUUUGUGUUCAUAGAAUAUUUCUUUUGAUGUCCUAUAAGUUGGGAAAGAGAAGAAAGGGACAAGGAGAAACUAGCUGCCAGUUUGCAAGGAGACGUCAAGCAAGGCCUGAUACCAGCUGUGGACGGAAGAGUGUGUAUUAAUGCCUGUCACAGCAAUGUAACCAGCACAGCUGGGGAGAAGCAUUAAAGGACCAGAAGUGUUUUUUAUAUAUAUAU